AGAGAGAGAGAGAGAGAGAGAGAGUUAAGGGGUGUUGUUUGUUAGUGUAAGGGUUAGGGUUCGUGGAGCUUCUGCUUUUUUGUUUCCUUGCUAAUUGUGUCAGAGAAAGAAGCUGUAUUAAUGGUGGAGUGAUAUGAUAACCUCACCAACAUCAGGCGUUUGCUCCAUGGCUUUUUCAUGGAUAGUUCAUGCGGCGGAAUCCCUUUUAUACACGAUUCGCUUAGUGAUCAAGAUGCAAGAUGAAAUACGGGGGAUUUAGCUAAGAAGAAGGUUAUAUACAUAUACUACUCUUCACUACUUGUUGUUGGGUUAUAGGAGAGAGUGUUGGUGAUCAUGGAGAGUACAAGCUUAUCGGAGGGAUCGCGAAAGAAACCUUCUGAUAAGGAUGAAGACGCUGAGGAGGAGGCCGAGGACGAAGAAGGAGAAGAAGAGAAUUGCCUGCAGAACGGCGGGGGGAGCUCGAGCAAUAGCACGGUGGAGGAGAGCGACAGGAAGAACGAGCUGCGGUCGGUGAGGCAGUAUGUGAGGUCCAAAAACCCUAGGCUCCGGUGGACGCCGGAGCUCCACCUUUGCUUUGUUCACGCCGUCGAGAGGCUCGGUGGCCAAGAUCGAGCUACGCCUAAGUUGGUGCUUCAAUUGAUGAACGUCAAGGGGCUUAGCAUAGCGCACGUCAAGAGCCAUCUACAAAUGUAUAGGAGCAAGAAGAUCGAUGAUUCUGGUCACCUAAUAACUGGUUCUGGAAAUGUGGUACAAGGUGGAGAGAGACACAUGUACAAUCUCAGCCCUCUCCAUGGAUUCCACCAUAGGCCAAGUGCUAUUUCAAGAUUUGAUGGCCCAUCUUUGGGCGGCCAUGGAUAUUGGAUGCACAAUAAAUUGCUAGGAAAUAGCAUGAGCACCGCUAUUGUAUCGAAACCGUACACUUCAGCUAGCGAAAUGAUAUUUGGUGAAGGCGGUAGGGCACGAAGCAAUCCCGAAUUUUAUUCCAAUGUUUUAUCGUUAAGCGAUGGAGUACUACUCGACCGCAAAUUCCAUGAAGAUGGUCAUAAUAAGUCCCAAUUAUUCCAUGAGUACAAAGUUGGAAGUAGUUAUCAGGUUGGACCUAGUCAUAGGGCCACCUUUUUCUCACAAUCUCAGGAUAGAGGAGAGCAACUAAGUUUCCACUACAACACAUCAGCCGACGAGAACAAAUCGACGAAACAAGCUAUGUUCUCGCGGAAAGGCAGCUUGGCGUGCGCGGACGACGACAACCAAGGACCGGAUCUAAACCUUUCUCUUAGUGUCGGACCGAGGAAGGAUAAGAGACCAAGGACAUGGGAAUUGGAUGAGGUGGUGGAUAGCAACUUAUCUCUCUCCUUAUUUUCUCCCACAAAGCAAGAGAGAUGCAUGAUGAAGGGUAACAAAACCUCAAAGCUUAGCAUGUCAGAGAAGGGCAAAGAAGGCACCAGGGAGGAUGCAAGAGGGACAAGUACUCUAGAUCUCACUAUAUGAAUUAAAAGCCAUGUGUGGUGAGAUGUUGUGGUACUUGUCCAAGGGGCAAGGUAAUGUCUUACACCUCUUUAAUUUCUUUUCUUCAUCACUUUCUAUUUUGUACUCAUUGUAGAGUUAUUUAAUUAAGGGCACAAUAAGACAUUGUAUAUGCCUUGUAUACUUUUAUCGGAAUCUCAGUAUCUAACUCAAGAAGCCA